GCAGCUCCCUAAGAUCAUAACUUUUUCCAUCACCAUACACAAAUCAUAAUGGAGGAAAAAAAAAAAAAGUGACUGAUUAUUUGAGGACAUAAUUCACCUAAUUCUGAUGAUUGGUAAUUAUUCAUCGAUCCUUCGAGUAAGAACGCUUUUUUUUAAAUAAAAAAAAAAAGAAAGGAAAAAAAAAAACUAUGAUGGUGACUUAAUUUUUCCAACUCAAUUAGAGUUGGAUAAGUGUUCAUCCUUUGCUGGAUCUUCUCAUUUGAAUAAUUAUUUGGAAGAAAAAUAGGGAGGGAGCUCGCCAUUCUCACCAAACUAACUCUUAUGCAAACCAUAAAUCUGUAAAUUAAUUAAAGGCAAUGUAAAUAAUAGCACAAACUAAACAAAUGACUCACCGCUGUUCGAGCAUAAGCGCCCUCUUGCUAUCUCCAUGUGCGAAGCAUUGUCUUAGCUUUCUCUGGCCAAGAUCACUCCCACACCAAUAGCAUUCGUGAUCGGUCACAAACCCACAAAAUUAUAAGGUAAAACAUUUAUAGUUUAUCAAUUAGACAUGUUUAUCUGAAUUCUACAUAUUUCGAGAUCUUACCAAUUACAUAAAUAAAAGUUUCUAAAAGUCCACAUUAACCACAAACAUAGAACUACCCAAAGCCCGAGUUAGCAAAUACUUGCGAGAAACUCUAAGAAUGAGAUGUAAUCUUACAAAAGAUACGCGAGCAAAGCAUACAGUUGUGAAUAGAAAGAUGGAAGCAAAAGAAAGAUGAAGAAAAGGGAGGGAAUUGGAUUAUUUAUUAGGGUCAGGGACACAAAACAAAUAUAAAUUUUGACGUUAUUAAAAGGAAAAUUAAUCCACAAGACAGACGUGACUCCCACUACCUAACAGCUCUCUACCUAUCCUAUGUAAUAUAUAUUUAAUCAAAAUCCUUUCUCCUAAUAUCAUAUCAUAUCAUAACACAUUGUGAGGCUUAUAUCUCUUUAAAGUUCCUUUCACUACUCGCUGUCUUUCCUUCAACCAACACCCAUCAAAUUAUACACACUAUUUCUCUCUCUCCGAACCACCUUUGACUUCUACCCUCUCUCUAGAAGUUGCCGCCUGCAGUUUCAUUGUUGAACCCCAAUUGGGUUCCUUUUCAAAUCUCCUUUCUCUCUCUCUACUGCAUAGAAUUGGGCGGUAAGCACGAAGGUUUGUGAGGAAUUAUUUGCUCCUCAUUGAAUUGUAGAAGAGGGUGGUCAAAGUCAGAGAAAAGGGAAGAAAUUAUUGCCACCCUAAAGCUUUUGGGAAUUGUUAAGCUAUAUGGAGAACAAUAUUAAGAGUGGAAUGAUCAGCUCAUAUGAACUUGAACAGUACCAGAGAUUUUCUUAUUCAAAGUAAUGGAAGGGGAGAGCCAUAAGUCCAAAUCCAGUAGGUUCCGCAAGUACUGGUUCACUGCUGGAAAGCAUAAGAGACCUGACCCAUGUUGUCCCAGCAAUGAAAUUUCUGAUGGAGAUGACUACGAAAGUGAAAACUUUCUGGAGAAGGUCCUUUCUCGGUCGGUGGAUAUGGCUCCGUACAAAUUAGCCAAUGAAUUAAGAAUCUUUGUGGGUACUUGGAAUGUCGCCGGAAGAUCGCCGAUCGGAAGCUUGGCCGUCGAUUUAGACGAUUGGCUCAAUCUCAAAGAUACUGCAGAUUUAUACGUUCUUGGAUUUCAAGAGAUUGUACCGUUACAAACAAGGACAGUAGUCGGAGCGGAGGACACAACCAAAGCAACAAACUGGAACUUACUGAUCGGAAAAAUUCUAAACGACAAAUACGGAUGCCCAUGGCUAACGCCAAUGAUGACGAACACAGCCACCGGCGACGAGGAUUACAAAAGAAACAAAGACUCUAAAAGGCCGAGGAGUUUCGCAGGCGGCGAUCAAACUCCGAUCAAAUUUCCGGGGAGAAUUCCGGCGAACAGGGUCAUGGGCGGGAGCAGAUACGUAUUGUUGGCAAGCAAGAAGAUGGUGGGAGUGUUUAUAAGCGUAUGGAUAAAGAGAGAUCUGGUGAGGAAAUAUUACAUAUCCAAUGUGAAAGUUUGUUCGGUGGCCUGUGGAAUAAUGGGUUACUUGGGGAAUAAAGGGUCGGUUUCGGUGAGUAUGUCGAUUGAAGGGACAAGUUUUUGCUUUGUGGCUGCCCAUUUGGCUUCCGGGGAGAAAAAGGGGGACGAGCGGCGGAGGAACCGCCAGGUGUCUGAGAUAUUCCGGCGAACUUUUUUCGCCAGAACGCCUAAAGAUGAUUGCUAUCCAAAUCCACGUCCUCCACCUCUCACCAUCUUAGGACAUGAUCAAAUAUUUUGGUUUGGGGAUCUGAACUAUAGGCUGUAUUUAGAGGACAGUUUUGCGAGGCAAUUGAUAAAGGAACAAGAGUGGGAAGCAUUGCAAGAGUUUGAUCAGCUACGGAAAGAGCAAGAAGCUGGUGGGGUAUUUCAGGGAUGGAGAGAAGGGAACAUAGAGUUUGCUCCUACCUACAAGUAUUCUUCAUCAAAUUGCAAUCGCUAUUCAGGUGGUCCUCUGAGAAGAACAGGAGAGAAGCAAAGAACUCCAGCAUGGUGUGACAGAAUUCUAUGGUAUGGAAAAGGAGUGAGGCAACUCUCCUAUUUCAGAAGUGAGAGUAAGUUUUCUGAUCACAGGCCAGUCUCUGCGCAAUUUUUAGCACAGAUUGAGCUGCUGGAAUCUACAAACCCAAGGGUUAUUGCCCUCAGCAAAUUUCUUCCCUCCAUACCGCCUCCCAAACAGAUGGUGAAGGGCGAAACUAAUGAAGAAGCAAAAUCUACCUUGGCAGCAUUGAUGGUAAAGGAUAGGGAAGAAUCGUCACCAUGGGUGCGAAAUUCAUAUAGAACAAACAUAUAGAACAAUUUCAAGGGAAAGAAAGAUACUGGGAGCUCAGCUCUUACGACCAAGCUGGGUAUGUAGGGAGAUGAAGAAGUGACUUGAAUUAUCUUGGUCUCCUUCAAGUUCACUUCAAUUUUUUUAAAAGAAAAAUUCUACACCGUCUAUCUGGGUUUAAUUGAAUUUGUGAAUAUAUGUAGACAAAAUAGAAAGUUACGCAAAAUGUUUUGACAUACUUAGAAAUUAGAAUGGUGAGGUGAGUAUCCUACUAUAUUUGCUCUGAAAUUUACCUGCUGAUUUUGCAUAUCUAAAAUUCUACAGUACAGAACAUUUUACGUUUCUUGGAAAAUUUCAAUGGGCCUCAUUUACCUGAGGAAUGUUGUCCAAGGCCUCCGUAUUGUCUUGGAAACAUUGAGGGCAGAUACAACUUUUCAGCAAUUCCUCGCUGAGACGACCAUAUGACAUUUCCAGUCCAGAAGUCUGCUUAUUGAUGGUCAAAGAAACAUAAUCACCCGGAAGUGUCCAAAGUUGGUAAAAGAUUAUUAAUAGAUAUAGUAAGAUUUAAAUACAUUCUAUAUUUCUCAGCAAUUGACUUUGACUACAAAGCAUUGCUUCUGUUGAAUCAGAAAAGGAAACUUAAUGAUAUAAUGAUAAAGUACAAUAACAGCAAAUCUUUUGU